UCCAAAAGCCUCCACAGGCAAGUUGAGUCGUUUGCGCGUUUUAGCGCCUCAAGCUCUCGAGUAUAUCGGAGAGGAGCUCAAUGCGCUCCACUUUUAAUCAGAUUAGGAGCCUUUAAUGUUCAGUCCUGCUUUUUUCCCUCCUUCUUCCCUACAGUAGCGGCGCAGGAGUGGCCAAAGCCAAAAGCAGCGAUUCAGAUCAGAUUUCACCUAAACCAGCUGGGGGAGAGACCGAAAGAGAGAGAGAGAGAAGGCAGAGAGAGGGUUUGUCAGUCUCCCUCCUCCCAAAUCCAGAAAAUCUUACCAAGGAAAAAGGAGGAGUGUCGGGGGGUGAGAGAGAGAGAGACGCAGAGGAAUCCAGAGGAAUUUCCGAGGAUAUUUUACCUUCUUCUAUUCCCCCCUCUCUUGAUAUUAAAAUUGAAAAAGUUGGAGGCGAGGCAGCAGGGACCGUGGUCAAGGAUGGACGAGCAGCCGCGGUUGAUGCACUCCCACGGGGUAGGCAUGGCCGGACACCCCGGCCUGGCGCAGCAUAUGCAGGAUGGAACGGCGGGGACGGACGCAGAGGGAAGAAAGCAGGACAUCGGAGACAUAUUACAGCAAAUAAUGACCAUCACAGACCAAAGCUUAGACGAAGCACAGGCGAGGAAACAUGCACUGAACUGCCACAGAAUGAAACCUGCUCUCUUCAACGUCUUGUGUGAAAUAAAGGAGAAAACAGUGCUCAGUAUCCGUGGCGCACAGGAGGAGGAGCCUCCAGAUCCUCAGUUGAUGCGACUGGACAACAUGCUGCUGGCGGAGGGCGUGGCUGGGCCAGAGAAGGGCGGCGGGUCGGCAGCUGCAGCAGCUGCGGCAGCUGCCACUGGCGGCGUUGGUGCCGACAACUCAGCAGAACACUCCGACUACAGGGCCAAGCUGACUCAGAUCCGACAAAUCUACCACACAGAGCUGGAGAAGUAUGAACAGGCGUGCAAUGAGUUCACCACCCAUGUGAUGAACCUGCUGAGGGAGCAGUCUCGAACACGACCCAUCUCGCCCAAAGAGAUCGAGCGCAUGGUCGGCAUCAUCCACCGCAAGUUCAGCUCCAUCCAGAUGCAGCUGAAACAGAGCACCUGCGAGGCCGUCAUGAUCCUGCGCUCACGCUUUCUUGACGCCAGACGAAAGAGGAGGAACUUCAACAAACAGGCGACAGAGAUCCUAAACGAGUACUUUUACUCCCACCUCAGUAACCCCUAUCCCAGCGAGGAGGCUAAAGAAGAGCUGGCCAAGAAAUGCAGCAUCACAGUGUCACAGGUAUCAAACUGGUUUGGGAACAAGAGAAUUCGAUACAAAAAAAACAUCGGCAAGUUCCAAGAAGAGGCCAACAUGUAUGCAGCGAGGACCGCAGUCAGUGCAACCAGCGUGUCUGCUCACGGCAGCCAGGCAAACUCCCCGUCAACCCCCAAUUCAGCAGGUUCUGCUGGCUCUUUUAACAUGUCAAACUCCGGAGACUUGUUCAUGAGUGUGCAGUCCCUCAAUGGGGACUCAUACCAAGGGGGGCAGGUUGGGGCCAACAUACAAUCCCAGGUGGAUACCCUUCGCCAUGUUAUCAGCCAGACCGGAGGAUACAGUGACAGCCUCGCAGCCAGCCAGAUGUACAGUCCACAGGGCAUCAACACAAAUGGUGGCUGGCAAGAUGCUCCGACUCCUUCGUCAGUGACAUCGCCCACAGAAGGACCCGGGAGCGUUCAUUCGGAUACUUCCAACUGAAUAUAUCCAUCUAUACACCUCAUCGACAAAAAAACAUGGGACUGACCUUGCUGUUCACAGUAUUAAACAAAGGAAUUCUCUGCCCCGCAGUUUGGAGAGGUACUGUGAAAUCCUAACCAGAAAAAAAGAAAUAAUAUUUCCUCUACUUAUAACGUUGGACAUUUGGGAUACGAACAAAAAGUUUCACAAUAAUAAUCCAAACAAUGCCGCAAUCAAUGGAGACGUUUGUACAGAUUUCACAUUAUAUUCAGAGGGCUGGGGUUACUUAUUCACUCAUGUUUCCACUCAUAAUGAUGAAAUGAUAUGAUAAAGUAAAUAAAUCAGAUCAUUGGUUUUAACUGAAAAUACUUCAUUCUACCUCUCAGCCACAAAAAAAGUAGAAAAAAUAUGUCAGUGACCAUUAUUUGUUUUGUAAAAAUGAAACUUUUGUCUUUGCAAGCAAGAGGCACAUCUUCUUACGUACAUUUUGUUGUCUCUCACCUAUUCUAUGGUACGCCAUUUAGACUUAAAUAUUGCUCAGUUGUUUACAAUGUGUGCUUGAUAAAAGUAUGUUCAUCUUCCCCCCGCUGUCUCCGACGAGUCACAACAGAGUUCUGUCAGGAGAUUUUACCUCUAAGGUAACCCUGUGAAGUAUGUUAUCUGUAAAACAAUAAAUAAAUACUUGUCAUCAAAUCGGACAAGCUUGACAUCAUUCAUUAAGCUGGAGGAUAAAUCAACUUAAAAACAAAUUAUUUUUCACCCUGUUGGUUCUGGUUCUGCAGCAUAUUGGUAGAGUGACAGUCACAGAAUUGCAGGAUUCUCUUACGCAAUUACUUGAGUUCUUUAUGAUAUUUUCAGUUGUGUUCCACCUCCACCACUACAAAAGAAAAGUUCUGAUGUAAACCAAAACAAAAGAGUCAAGAAAAGCGUGUCAGUUAUAAUAUAAUGAGGUCAGUUAUAAUAUAUUCUUUCAUCAAAUACGUACAGCGUUAUGUCUUUUCCUACUAAUGGAAAUCACCAUCUUCUGUCAUUUAGCUCUGGUGCUACAAUCGAGUGAAUAACAUUGUCCCAUUGAAAGGAAUACAGGAAGAAAUAUCGCUUUCUGCAGAAAAGAAAGUUUGUCAAGGACGUCUGUAACUGAGUUUGUUUUUCAAAACAUGAACCGCAAUCCACUUAAACAGGGAAGUCAUUAUGUUAAUAGAGUUUCACGUGCUUGCACAGUGGAUCCUCGCUCCUGAAUCGACAUCACAGGUCCAGAAAUGCUUCAGCAUGGAGCCACUGAUCAUCGCCAUUUAAAAGAAGCAUCUGGAUGUACCUGAACUGCUGCUCAACUCUAACGAGGACACUCUGAUGUAAAGAUAAACAUAAACGUUCCACAUUUCGAUGAAUUGUGUCCUUAUCUGGGCAUUUCUUUACGUAAAAUCAUUCAAGUCACUAUAUUAUUCUGCUGGUACUGCUUUAGUAACCCUAGAAUUGACACCAAAACAAAUGUAGACAUUUGAAUUCAUGCUUGUCUCAGUACUAUCAAACUGAUUUUUUUUAGUAUCAAACAUUUAUGAACAUUGUAAAAUGUUGACCAUUAAGCACUAAAGAAGGGACAAGUCAUCAUGUCAAAUAAUGUCUUUUCUGAGCAGUCUAACCUUGUUUAUAGACACUUUUUAUGUUGUGUGGCCUAUUUGUUUUUUGUGUUUUGUUAUUUUUUUUUAAUGGUAUGCUUAAUGUAGGCUAUUACUUUUUUGCUUUCCUACUUGUGAAUUAGCCCAUGAACUUUCAACAUGUGUUUAUGUGCACCAUUGUGCUUGACUUGCUUUGUUGGAAAGGGUUUUCAACACAUUAAAAAAUGAUGUAAUACAG